GGAGGCGAGGGGGCGUGUCCCGGUAGUGGGAAGCGGGGAGCCGGGAGCGCGGCGCGGCGGUGACCGGGACGCACCGGGCGGGCUCCCGAGCAGCGGCGAUCCCAAAGGAUGGCCUUUUCCUGCCCGUGCCUUUGAAGUUCGGCGCAAGGACGAUCGCUGCGGGGACACAUGGCCACGGCCAGCAAGGGCAGCAAGGCGAAGGGGGGGUCUGUGCGCUUCGCCCCGGCGCAGCCCCCCGAGGGCACCCACGGCCACGUCCACUUCGAGGAGAAGCUCCACGAUUCAGCGGUGAUGGUGACGCAGGAGAAGGACGGCAGCUUCCUGGUCAAGGUGGGAUUCCUGAAGAUCCUGCACAAGUACGAGAUCACGUUCCUGCUGCCGCCGCUGCGGAGCCUGGGCAGGGACGUGUGUGCUGUUCCCCUGCCCAACCUCAACCUCCGCGUCACCGGCAUCACCCCCCUGCCUGAAGGUUACAGUGUGAAGUGCGAGUACACGGCGCACAAGGAGGGGGUGCUGAAGGAGGAGAUGGUCCUGGCCAGCGAGGCCGGCGAAGGAGCCACCAUCAGGGUCGUGGUCCAAGCCCGUGUCAUGGACCGGCACCACGGCACCCCGAUGCUGCUGGAUGGGGUGCGCUGCAUCGGCGCCGAGCUGGAGUACGACUCGGAGCAGAGCGACUGGCACGGCUUCGACUAGACCCCCCCGCCCCCCCGUGAGGAUGGAGCCCACAUGGAAACAGGGACAAAUCCCACCCCAACCCCCCCCCAUGUCAAUGGGGUCACCAUGAGCGGGGGGUCCCCCAGUGCCGGAGCCUCGGGGAAGGGACCCACUCGCUGCCUCCGGCUCUCUUGCUGAUUUCCCCCCCGCUUUCCUCCUCAGAGCACCCCAGGAAAGGGAUGUUUGGGGGUGUCGGAGCCCCUCAGGGGAAGGUUUUGCCUCUUGGGGUGCGGAGCUGAGCUGGACCAGGGCAGGAUCCGGCAGUGGAGGGGGCCAGGUCCCCAGGGCUGCCCCUGGGACAGAGCCCGUCCGUGUCCUCGUGUUGCAGCCAUCGCCUUGGUCUUGGUCCAGUUUGCCCUUUCCCCCUCCAGUUUUCCCUUUUCCCCCCCUAGUUUGCCCUUUCCCCCCCCAGUUUGCCCUUUUCCCCCCUCUUUCCUUGGUUUUCCACCCAGGAAGCCCCAUGGUACACGGACCAGGAGCAGUGGCUCAGUUCUGACAGCAACAGGAGGCUUCAUGUGCCUAUAUAUAUAGAUAUAAAUAUAUAGAUAUAUAUAUACAUGUAUGUGUGGGGGUUAAGUACAAACCUAUAGAGGUAAAGAAUAAAUUGCAGCUGGGGGGGGCUGGAGCCCCGUUCACCCCCAUUGAACCCCCAAA